UCCACAGUGACCACCCACCUCUGCUGCGUCACCACCGCCACCACCAACCAUUACCUCCCGGAACCAUCGUUUGACCUCCCACAACCACGAUAGCUCACACCGACGACACCAGCCCCGACAAAACGACGUGGUGACGCCACGUCACCAGCCUCAACCACGAGCACCAGUCAGCCCAAUGCCGCCACGCCACGCCAGCAGCGACAGCAACCAGUCCACAGCAGCAACGACGACGACGACAAAUGAUCGUGGAGGAGCGAGUGCUGCCAAAAGGUCAGCAACCCCCGAUAUCCCCCCCCUUCGAUUGACAAGUCCCCAGCCAGUCGCCGUUGCCCACACCACACACCAACCAUCGCCACGUCACUCCGCCGUGCACGCCGUUUCGACGCCAUAUGUACCAGUAUGCACUUGCAGGGGCAGGAAGGAACUUUGAGAAGGGGGUAUACAGAGCUUGUGGAAGGGACCCAAUGGGGGAGGGAUGCGUCCCUCCUGGCGUCGCUGGUGUGGAUGGCAAAGGAUUCUUUAAUAGUGUACUGUCGUAUUCUCACUGUAUUGUGCUAGUACCAUACAAUGAUCAGUUAUACCUAAUUUUUUGCU